UUGAUACAAAUUGAAAAAUAGGAAAAUAACGAACAAGUAGAUUCGAACAUCUCACAUUUCUCCUUCCCUCCGGUCUCCCCAUAUCUCAGCUGGACCCAAACGGGCAAACCCGACCCGGUACCCAAAGACGGCGGGUGUUUCCUCGAUUCUCAGUCGCCGGAGAUUUUCCGAUUACAGGUUAGCCCCCUCUGUAUCAUAAGUUAUGAGAAAUUGGAGCUUAAUUAGGGCUUAGGGCUAUAGUUCCAGAUAAUGUGUGGAAUUCGUGAGAUUAGCGUUGUGAUUAGGGCUUAAUUAUCGAGUUCCUACACCCGAGUUGUAAUUUGUAAAUCCCUAACCUAACGUAUCCUCCUUUUGCUUACUGAAUUUUAGGAAAUUCAGUAAUUUGGGGAAAGAAGAAAAUAUGCUUUCAGGACUGAAGUUCAUACCGCGGGAUCAAAUUGAUAAAGAAAAAGAUGAUACAGUCAAUGAUUCUAGAAGAGGGACGAAAAAAUCAGCACAUAGAAAGGAAAAGAUUGGGGGGAAAACCAAACGAUCCCAGUAUAGUAGUUCUGACGAUGAAGGUCUUGAAAGAAUAAAAACUGGGUCCAGAAAGAAAAAUAAGUGGUAUGAUUCAGAAGAGGAUUUGUCAUCACUUUCAGAAAACAGUGGUAGCCAGAGUGAAUCGGAAAGCGAUCGGAAGAAACACAAAAGUUGGAAAAGAGAAAAGAAAAGGCAUGAUGAAGAUCUGGAUAAAAGUCGGUCAAAGAAGAAAGAAAGAGGUAAAAGAAAAGACUAUUCAUCAGAAGAGAAGGAGAAACAGCUUGCAAGCAAUGUGGAAACUGACUUGAUUGAUGAUAGUAAAGGAUCUCAAUCACAAAAAUCCAACAUUGUGAGGAAAGAAAUGGGAAUGGAAUGGAUGCUUCGGCCAAAGGAUAAUAUGGAGAAGAUUUACGAUAUUGAACCAGAGGAAGCUUCAGCUGAAGAGAAGAUAAAGAAGGAUAACCCGAGAGAACUAAAUCCAUAUCUGAAAGAUAAUGGGGUUGGUUAUCCAGAAGAGUCUGAUGGAGUGAACGCCAGAGACAAACGACCUUUAUCUAAUACAGUUGUUGGUGAUGGAGGCGCCAGCUGGAGGCUGAAAGCUUUGAAAAGAGCACAAGAGCAAGCAGCUCGUGAUGGACGGAACCUUCAGGAGGUUGUUGAAGAGCGUUGGGGUUCAAUGGGUCAACUUGCAGCUUCUGUGGCUUCUCGUAAUGUCGCGCCCACUCAUGCCCAUCUUCAUGCCAUACAAAACAGGAGAAAGGGGUGGAAAAAGGAAGACAAGACUAAUAUAGAUGAAGACAAUGGUAGCUCUGAAAAGGAAUCUGGUCAAAAAAGCAAUAAAGAAGUACUACCACGAAAUCCCAAAAUGAGAGUGCCCAGAGUUCAUGAUUCUUUAUCUUGGGGGAAGCGGGGAAGUAAGAAAUUAUCAACUGAGGAUUCUGCUCUCGUCUCUGCUGCUAUGUCCAAUUUAAAUAAGUUUUCCAAUGAUGGAAAUUUCAUGGACGGAUUUAUCCCUAAGGAGGGUAAUUCUGGUGAUCCCAGCAAUUCUUCAAAGUCUGAAGCUAGAGCAGAACCUAAAUCAGCUGAAUUUGCAUCAAGGGAAAGCAAAGAAGACUCUGGAACCAUGAACCCAGCCAUGAGUGCAAAUCAGUUGGCUGCCAAAGUGUUGCAACUUCGUAUGAAAGGAAAGCACGAGGAAGCUGAAAAACUGUUGAAGGAAGCUGAGAAUAUUAAAGAAAGAAACAAUGCUGGUAAUGAAUCAAGUAGAGUAAAACUUGAUGGGACCACAAGCAGGCUUAUUAUGCAUGAUGUCUCUGCAAGGCAAAAGAGGAAAGAGGAUGAUGCUGAUAUGCAUCUAGCUCAAAAUAUAAUGCAAAAUCACAAGUACAGCGUAUCUACUCAGGCAGAUGAAGAAUAUGAUUACGACGAGGGUCCAAAGAGAAAGGCUCGAAAAAAAGGAGGGGAUGGUAAUUUCAAGUCUCAGAUAACAACUUCUGCAAACCGCUUCAUGACUCAGCAAGACCGCUGUCAAUUCUGUUUCGAAAAUCCAGCAAGACCCAAACAUCUUGUCAUUGCCAUAGCCAAUUUUACGUACUUGUCACUACCUCAACAACAGGCUGUUGUCCCUGGCCACUGUGGCAUUUUAACCUUGCAGCAUGAGUCCUCGACGAGAAAUGUGGAUGAAAAUGUGUGGGAUGAAAUUCGAAACUUCAAAAAAUGCUUGAUAAUGAUGUUUGCAAAGCAAGACAAGGACGUGUUGUUUUUUGAGACAGUAAUGGGAUUGGCACGACAGAGACGCCAUUGUAUGGUUGAGUGCGUCCCUUUGCCCCGAGACGUUGCAAAGCAGGCUCCUGUUUACUUCAAGAAGGCGAUCGAUGAAGCUGAAAAUGAAUGGAGUCAGCACAAUGCAAAGAAGCUAAUCGACACGAGUGAAAAGGGCCUACGAGGUUCAAUCCCCAAAAACUUCCCUUACUUCCACGUCGAGUUUGGUCUGAACAGAGGAUUCGUUCAUGUAAUAGACGACGAGAAAGAAUUUAAAAGCAGCUUUGGUCUGAACGUAAUUAGAGGUAUGCUGCAACUGCCCGCUGAGGAUAUGCAUAGGCGUAGGAGAAACGAAUCGGAGGAGAUGCAAAAACCAGCUGUCGCCAGUUUCGCUCGUGAUUGGGCACCCUUUGAUUGGACGAAGCAGCUCUGAGUAAAUAUUUUUCUGAAACUAAUCCAGAUUUUAUUUACGGAGUUUCCAGUACAAUAGAGUCGGUGUUUUCGAGUUGUACUCUGUUUAUUGUUGGUAAUUUUAAGUGAUUGUAAACUUGCCUGCAUGUAUUUGAUAAAAUGCAAGUUUAUUAAAUAUGAAACAAGAGUUAUAAAUAUUUCUCAA